UUGGAGGGUGAGUUCAGCCGGAAACCGGAGGAGGAAAAAAAGAGAGAGAGAAACAGAACCGAACCGAACGGAGCGGAGCGCCUUCUGUCUAUCACCAACACUUUAUACCGGAGAGUGAGACAGUCAGGAGAUGUCGGUGAGGGCGGAGCUCCAGGACACAGGGGAGGGUCCCGACCUGUUCGGACUGCUGUUUCCAGAUGAAGACCCUGGAGGAGAUGAUGAUUUCUUCUUCUCUGAUGGGAACGACCUGAUGGAGGGCCUGCUGUCUGAACAGGAUAUGUUGAGUGCAGUGGACACAGAGGAUUUCCUCAGUCACUUGUUGGCUGAAGAGGACGACGGGUUCACCGCGCCGUGUGUCUCUCUGUCUCCACUGGGGAGCGACAGCGGCAUCUCGGACGACCCGAGCUCGAGCCCUCACAGCGAAAUGGAGUGUGUGAUGGAGAACGUGGUGGAGGGCGUGACUGAGGGUAUGAUUGAGGGCGUGGUCGAGGGCAUGGCAGAGUGUUACGAAGCCCAGGUGGUGGAGACGGAUCACUGUUACUCCUUACACAGCGUCCGCACAGACAAACCCGACACUGACGUCUUCAUCGACCUCGAUGAUAUUGAGAACCUGAGUCCAGAUGUGUCCAGUGAGCUGCCCUGCUCUCUCACUAUAGAGGAGUCCACACUGAGUGACGAGCUGGACCACAUGUUCCACCUUAAGGAGAUCGAGCUGACAGAUGAGGAGCGGCGACUUUUAGCCAAGGAGGGCGUGACCAUCCCAACACACAUGCCCCUCACCAAGGCGGAGGAGAGAUCUCUGAAGCGGGUGAGGAGGAAGAUCAGGAACAAACAUUCUGCACAGGAAAGUCGCAAGAAGAAAAAACUGUAUGUGGACGGACUGGAGAGCAGGGUUGCUGUGUGUACGGCUCAUAAUCAGGAGCUGCAGAAGAAAGUGGAGCUGCUGCAGAAACAAAACAUGUCUCUGAUGGAACAGCUGAAGAAACUGCAGGCUAUAGUGAAGAUGAGCACCAUGAAGACCAGCACCACCAGCACCUGUAUCAUGGUGUUCUUGCUGUCAUUCUGUCUGAUUAUUUUUCCCUCCAUCAAUCCGUUCGGUGGCUCAGUGCAAAAAGAUCUGUACACUGCCUCAACAGGCAUGUCUCGAGCUCUGCGUUCGUAUCCCACGAUGCCCAAAAGUGACGUCGUUAUCAGCUCUAAUGAUGUGGUGGAGGAGGAGGAGUCGGUGCUGGUGGUGGAGAAAAAUCACAACCUCCUGAAUCAGACGCCCGACUACCAGCAGCUCGAUCAGUCCGACUCCGAGACGGCCGUCAGCGGCAACUCGUCAUCCGACUUCCCGUCCAGUGGCAUCGCACACGCUCGCACGCAGACACACACGCGCUCGGACCCGGCGACGCCCCCGGUGGUGUACGAUGGUCAGAGUGCGGCGGGUAAAGAGAGCUGGCUGGAGCAAACGGCUACUGCAGUCAUUAUACAGCAACAUCGCUCUGACGAGAUGUAGACACACACACACACACACACACAGUGGAAUGUUAUUUAAUCUGCUGUAAUUGGAUGUUUACCGAUAAUCAGACGUCACUAUAUUGAGUGACUCCCUAAGUAGGCAGCCUACUGAGGCGGCAUUCGUGCAAUUGAGAUGGAGUUGUAAAAAAAAAAAAGUCUCUUAUUUUGCUAAUUUAAGGCUGUAAUCCCAUAAUUCCACUCGUCAGAUGUUAGGAUGUAUGCAUUUUGGCGCCCUGAUUCAGAUAAAGAGGCUUUACUUUUGAAUCCCUUCUUACAGUGCACUGUUGCAUUUUUACAUUUAUGCACUUUUUUUUUUAAACAUCUCCGUCCCUCCGUUAGCCGACGAACAGCGACGUUACACGUUUUAGCUUCUUAGAAGGAGGCGUCGGUGGGUGUGAUGAUGAUGAUGAUGAUGUGUUUAUAUGUAGAGAUGUAGCAGGGCAUUCCGCAUCAUCAUCGUUGCAGUUCAUCAUUUUCUCUUUCAGUGAAAGUUUCCUGUGUGUGAGAUGAAGGAACUGUGGUGGAUCCACUCAGGAAUCUGGAUCUGUUCUGUAAAUAACUGUGUAAAGGGAAGAUAGGAUCUGUUCAGUGUAAAAUAAAAUCAUGUCCUUGAGCUUUUAAUUGUUGUUGAACAGGUCCGCGCUGUAAAUAAAGCUUCAGCUGUAGAGCGUCAGGUUUAAAACCAUAAACUGUAUUGUAUUAUUAUAAAUGUUUAUUACUGUGUGUCGGUGAUGUGCUUUAUUUUUAUUUUAUUUUUUUAUUUACCUGCUGAUUAUUUUUGAACGUUGCACUGAUAUUAGUGCUUAGAAUGUUUGUCAUUUUUAUGCAAAUGUUACUGAAUGAACUGAUUAAACAAACAUUCCUUUAUUAUAUGCAA